AUGGCAUCCUCAGAUGGCAAGCCCGCCAAUGUCUACAUCCAUCGGCAAGCCGGCACGCCCAAAUCCUGCUUUGUCUGCCACAAAGCCUCGCCGCACGUGCUCGUCUCGCAGUCCAUCCCCACGCUCGAUUUCCUCUACGUCUGCCAUGCCCAUCUAGCGGAUCGGCACUUUGCCAACAAGCUCUCCGACCCUGCGUCGUCCUCUUCAGCUCAGGUGGAAAAGCUGCCGGACAAAGUGAGCCAGGACGAGAUCGCCAAGAUCAAGGCCGAAUACGAAGCCAAGCUCAAAGCCAAGGAGACUUCCAAGGACAAGGAUGCGGAAAAGAAGCCGUUCACGGCAAUGGGCGUUGCAGGAAGCGUCUUCUCGACCGUCACAUCGACUGUAUCUGGUCUAGCUUCGAGUGCGAUAAGCUCCAUACCGACAGAGACAGCGCAAACGACGGCAGCGACAACAGCACCAAGUCCAACCGCAGCAGAGAGCCUGGCAAAGCAACAUCCGCUGCACGCAAAGUACGCUCUGCAUCGAGAGUUCUACGCAGCGAGAGUGAGGGAAUGGAACAACAAGAUGGUCAAAAAGAAGGAGAAAGAAUUGAACAUGCCACCGGCGCCGAGGAAUGCGCUGUCGUGA